AUGAUCACGGCUUCAAAGUUGGGCUUUAUUAACGAGUCCUUGGCCCGACCCGGGGUCAAUAUAGCGAUCGAUAUUGACGAGGCCCUUUAUGGGAUUUUUCGCCUCGGGGUUGCUAAAUCAACUCAUAAACCGAGAAAUCAGUUUGAAAUCAUUUACG